AUGGCCGUCUUCAUUCGUGUCUUCAAAAACAAAUGGAUCACUCCUCCGAAAUCAGUCAGCGAGGACUACAGUGGAAGGACUAUCAUCAUUACUGGUGCUACUUCUGGCAUCGGCAAGGAGGCAGCAUUCAAGUUCGCAGCAAUGGGUGCACCCAAAGUUAUUCUUACCGCACGAGAUUUGAAGAAGGGCGAAUCGACUAAAGCCGCGCUCGAAGCUCGACUCAAUAGAAGGGAUCAACUCGAGGUGUGGGAACUAGAUAUGAUGUCCUAUGAUAGUGUGGUAGCCUUCGCAAAGCGGGCAAACGAGCUUGACCACCUCGACAUCGUUGUACUGAACGCUGGGGCACGCCGAGUGCCAUACAUCCAAUCGCAGUAUGGCUGGGAGGAGGAUUUGCAAAUCAAUACACUGUCGACAACGCUUCUUGCCAUCUUGCUCUUACCGAAGUUGAAAGAGUCAAAGCAGCGUACUGGCAAGAUACCCGUCCUCGAGUUUGUCAAUUCUGGUCUUCAUCAAAGCGCUGUUGUACCGCCCGAAGUACGACAAGAGUCGAAUAUCCUUCAACACUACAACAGACAGGAAAAUUUCAAGGAAGGUAAACAGUACAAAUUUAGCAAGGCCUUCCUCAUGUAUGCCACCAAGAAACUCGCAGACGAGAUAUCAUCUAGAGACGUUAUUAUCACUAGCGUCUGUCCUGGCUGGGUGUACACAGAUCUUGGCCGAGAUCACUUCUUUCCAGGUGUCUACGUCGUGGCCUUCUUCUUCAUCUUCUUGUUCAUGAGAACACCGGCUCAAGGAGCGGACCUAAUUUUAAGUGGGACCACACAAGGGGAGAGCGUGCAUGGCAGAUUUUGGCAACACGAUCGGAUUCAACCGGUUCCGCCAAGUCUUACAGGGACAGACAUGAAAGAGCUGAGCCUCAGGAUAUGGGACGAGGUCAUCGAAGUGCUGAAGAGAGACGUUCCAGGCCCUUCCGCUCACGGUCCCUCGUCGCUGCUCCGCUUCCUCUUCCCCCAGACUCGAGCACGCGCCCGCAUCCACCUCUUCAAGCUCCGUCACGAAACGCUCCCUUCUCUCAAACAUCGCGCACAGUCUCGCAUAUACAAAUACGUUGUAUAUCGCCAGGCCUUGAAGCUCAAGGGAAAGGCGAGCCUUCUUCAGCGACUGCGUGGCCGCACACGUCAACUUAUAGGCACCAACUAUCUUGAAAAUGAAGCAAGGCUGCGACGGCAGCAGAUAGCUAAGCAUUCAUCUAGAAGGGAUACAGGCGAACGCGCAAUGAGCUACCAAGAAAGUUACGCACCACGAGAGCAAGGGCAGCGGAGACGGAAGCUCGCAGGCUACCUGAAGGCAGCAAACGAGCUAAGACAAACAUAUACCCAGCAGUACGCGCCAAACUGGAGUAGCAAAGAGGCACAGUAUGACUAUGAGGAUGACACCCCUGGUAGCUUUCCAGAUGCAGCCGUGGUGCGGAGCGGGGACGAGGAGAUGAUCCUGUUUCCUAGUUAUGCUCGAAAACACGUCAAGAGGAAGCCCGAAGCGGAGCCGGGCACUAUACAGGAAGUCGAAGGCGAGGGGCGCGACGUGCGGGACUCGACUGGUGCCGGAGAUGCAGAGUUCUGGAAGCAGCAGUGGAACAACUACGAAGACGAUAAUGCUCUCGUCGACGUCGACGUGCGCGGAUGGAUAUACUCGCCUCACAAGGGCCAGAUGUCGAGGAAGCAGCGUCUUUUUAUCGGACUCGCUAGGCAGCUUGUAGGAGUACAAGCGCCGCCCACGCCCUCGACCUCCUCUGCUGGCAGCAGCCGGGACCCUAGCCCAGCACGUCAUGGCUUCCGAGAACGAACGCACAUGCGAAAUGCACAAUACGAUGAGGACCUGGCCGCUAAGGAAGCAGAGCAGAUCCUACGCAAAGGCGAGAAAGAAGCUGCGGCCGCCGCGAAGGGCGUUUACAGCGAGAAGCCUGCCCGAGACAAUCAAGACGACAUGCAAUUAUACCGAACAGAGAGCGGAAACAGCGUCCGGAAUCCAGGACAGCUGAAAGCUCACCAGCUCACCCACAGUGCAUCUAACAGCUCGCUGAGAAGCGAAGAGAUUAUCAAACCUGUGCAAAAGCGGGCCUCCUGGAAUCAGCCAUCCGAUAUGGGUCCAGCCGAGCUUGCUGAAGCGAAUGCUCGUCUGAUGGCAAGGCUACGACACUUUUUAGCGAUUCCAAUGGCCAACACUCCAAUCAGCAUCUUCUUCUAUAACGAUGACAUAUCAAAGCAAAGGACUGUAUAUACGGACGCAUCGGGCCAUUUUAGCAUGAGUGCCGCAUUAGAUUUUGUACCUACCCAUGUCCGCAUCCUGGCAUCAGACAAACUUUCGGCAACAGAACCAGUACUCAUUACCGAGUCGCAAGGCAUCAGCGUCAUCAGUGAUAUCGAUGAUACGAUAAAACACUCCGCCAUUGGUAGCGGCGCCCGAGAGAUAUUUCGCAAUGCUUUCAUUCGUGAUCUUGCUGAUCUCACCAUCGACGGAGUCAAGGAAUGGUACAAUAAGAUGGCGGAAAUGGGAGUCAAAUUCCACUAUGUUUCAAACUCACCGUGGCAAUUGUACCCUGUCAUCUCGACAUAUUUCUCGUUAGCUGGUUUACCGCCGGGUUCUUUCCAUCUGAAACAAUACAGCGGCAUGCUUCAAGGGAUCUUCGAACCCGUCGCGGAGAGAAAGAAGGUCACACUGGAUAAAAUUGCAAGAGAUUUCCCCGAGCGAAACUUCAUUUUGAUCGGAGAUAGUGGAGAGGCUGAUCUGGAAGUUUACACUGACUUCGUCCUCGAAAAUCCAGGACGUGUCGUGGCGGUAUUCAUCCGGGACGUAACCACAUCUGAAGGUCCCGGUUUCUUUGAUCCCUCGGUUGGAUCCGCGCCAGGGGACCGGACCUCCACAUCAUCGUCAUCCCAACGUGGUUCUAGUGGAAGUGCAAAUGCGUCGAGUAGAGGCCAAACUUCGUCUGAACACGACGACCCAGAACUCAAGGCUGCUAUAGCCGCGUCACUGCGGGACCUAGAAGAGGACAACAUGAAGCGCUCGAAAUCGAUGUUUCCUCAAAUCGAUCGAGAUCAUCCAGAUUUAAGGCCAAAGCUGCCAGAUCGAAAGUCUUCCGGCCAAAUCACACACCAGUCUAAGCAACAAGAUGCUGUACCAAAUUUGAUAGAUCUUUCUUCGGACGAUGAACCGGGAAGCUCACCUGCUCUACGACGCCCGCAACGACCGUCUUCAACAGUCACUCAAUCGAGUCCACUCGCACAGCAAAGCUUAACGACCAACUUAAGCCGUCAGAACUCGGACCUGUCUCAAAACGAGCAAACAUACGCAGGUAUGGCUCGUGAUAAAUUGUGGUCCGUUUACAACAACUUGCCUGCCUUGAGGUCUGAAGAGCAACCCACCAGCUCGCCGUCCUCGACCUUGGAACAGACGGGGAACGUCAAAAAAGCCCCUCCCCCUCCGCCCCCUCGGCGCGGAAACCGCGACACUGCUUCAAGUGCUGCAUCUUAUGUCGGUUCUAAAGCUACAGCAGCAUGGCAACACGCGCCUUCAAUACCCUACCAUAGCCGGCCCCAGCUCGCCUCUGCGCAGACAUCUCAGCCGUUCUCCACUGUAGCUCCGCGACAAGCAUUGAAUCGCACUAGUACGGGUUCCACUUUGGGUGGUGAUGGGCAACCGUAUGGGACCAAGAGGGAGCAACUAUGGCGGCAGCGAUGGGCAAGGGCGGAACAAGUACUAAGUGAGCGUGGAGUUUUGUUAAGGAGUUGGAGAGUUGGGACUGAUGCCAUGGGCGAGGCCGAACGGAUCAUCAAGGAUGACGAGAGGAAGGGAAGGGACGGGAAUAAGAACACGAAUGGGAAAGGGAACGGGAACGGGGGCAACAGCAAAUGA